UAACCACAGACAAGACCACCAACGGAAUAUCUGAUUGGUAAAAUGAAAUUACCUAAAUGAAAUUAGGUAAGAAAGGGCUGCCCCAGAUAGGAAUGACAGAUUACUGUAUUUAUUUGAGUUAGUGUAAUGUGCUUGGCAGUGAGGGCAUUCUAGUCAUAUAAUAUACUCCUAGCCAUGUCUAUUUAAAGUGUGCAUGUGGGUUCACUCUAUCUGUCUCUGAUAACAGGCGGUACCUGGUAUUACUUUACUCCAUUACUGUUGAACAAUCACUGACAUCGUUGGAUGUUGAUUUUAUGUCCAUCAGCAACAGAAGUUAGUAUAUAGAGACAGCCCCAGGAUUAUGACGUUGAGUUUGUGUUCCUGCGAAUAUUUCUGUGUUGAUUUGGAUGUACAUUUAAACUCAUUAUCUUGCUAAAUAAUUAAUCUACGGUUAUUGACUUAAAUCUUAAUUCCCGUGGCCAGGGUUUGGGCUAAAAUAUUGAUGCCAUCAACCUUCACAGCAGCCAUGGGAUAAAAGCCUUUUCCACAUCUUGUUGGAAACGUUGUUGUUUCUGUUGUUUCUGAUUUUCAAGAGAAUUUGUUUAUACUAAAUUUAUUUGUUCCAUAAUUUUAUUUUUGGCAUAUAACCUUUUGAGAGAAAGGUUUAAUGUUGUAAUGUCUACUUUAGUGUAUAUAAUUAGGUUCCACCCAUUAUUUGAUGGUUGCCAGUAAUUUUGGAUUUGACUAUACGCAUAUGGACUGUAUAAUAACUCAUUUGUUCAUCAUUCCGUUGUGUAGGUGAGGGCCAGUGAAUAAUUGCUGGCCUCCAGGCAUGUGAGGCGCUCUGAGAUUGGAGGUGUGCGGAUGAAAGAUGACUUUACUGGCUGGCGAUGGCUCUGACUAUGACUACAGUGCCUUGAGCUGCCUCUCGGACACCUCGCUGAACCCACCACCCAUCCAGGAUAGUGAGGCCCUUAAGGGUGUUUACUACAAACGUGCCCGGUGCCUUGCUAAGGAUCCUGACGCUGAUGCCAGCCUCUUGCCUGGCUCCCAACGCUUACAUGCCAUCAUCAAUGUGGGUGGCCUGCGCUACCAGUUGCCAUGGAGCACGCUGGAUGACUUUCCACUGUCACGGCUAGGCCGCCUGCGUCUGUGUACAAGCUUCGAUGAGAUCAUGUGUGUGUGCGACGACUACGAUGUGGCUCGUAAUGAGUUCUUCUUUGACCGAAGCCCGUGUGCUUUCCGUGCCAUCCUGACGUUCCUGCGUGCCGGCAAGCUGCGUGCUUUGAGGGACACUUGCGCUCUGUCCUUCCGGGAAGAACUGCUGUACUGGGGUGUCCCAGAGGAAAAGCUGGAGUGGUGCUGUCGAAGGCGCCUGAUUCAGCGCAUAGAAGAGCGAGACGAGCUUGAAAGGGUGGCCGAUGAAGAUGAGGAAGAAGAGGAUGAUGAGAGUGACAGAGGUGGUAGGGAGGAAGGCACUGACAGAGAAUCUCGACUGGGCCGCUGCAUGGUCAAGCUAAGAGACAUGGUGGAAAGGCCGCACUCAGGUCUUCCCGGAAAGAUCUUCGCUUGCCUCUCAGUGCUUUUUGUCACUAUCACAGCCAUUAAUCUGUCCAUAAGCACCAUGCCUGCCAUGAGAGAGGAGGAAGAAAAUGGCAAAUGCUCCCAGAUGUGCUACAACAUCUUCAUUGUGGAGACCGUGUGUGUGGCAUGGUUUUCUCUUGAGUUUACACUGCGCUUCAUUCAGGACCGCAGCAAGCUGGCCUUCCUCCGGCAUCCGCUCAACCUGAUUGACGUGGUGGCCAUCUUGCCCUACUACAUCACCCUGGCUGUGGACGGCACCUCCACGGGCUCGGGCAGCAGCUAUCUGGACAAAGUUGGGCUUGUUCUGCGUGUCCUGCGGGCUCUGCGCAUCCUGUACGUGAUGCGUCUGGCACGGCAUUCACUCGGGCUUCAGACGCUGGGCCUUACUGCACGCCGCUGCACGCGCGAGUUCGGCCUGCUGCUGCUGUUCCUGUGCGUGGCCAUCGCGCUCUUCUCCCCGCUCCUGUACCUGAUCGAGAACGAGGUGGCGGCCACGCAGGAGUUCAGCAGCAUCCCGGCCACAUACUGGUGGGCGGUGAUCACGAUGACGACGGUGGGCUACGGUGACAUGGUGCCACGCAGCAUACCUGGCCAGGUGGUGGCACUCAGCAGCAUCCUGAGCGGCAUCCUUCUCAUGGCCUUCCCCGUGACAUCCAUCUUCCACACGUUCUCCCGUUCCUACGUGGAGCUGAAGCAGGAGCAGCAGCGCCUCCUCCAGCGGCGGACUCACUUCCUCUUGCGAGGGCGCGUGCCCGGCCUCGGGAGUAACGGGUCACUAGAGAGCGACGUCCUGUUUCCCAGCGCCUCGUCCGACCCGAGAGACCUCGAGGACUGAAACAAAAAACACGGCAAAUGACGUGAAUAAGGACAGAGAACUUUUAGACGUCAGUUUUCAGCAAUCUGAACUUUGAACCGAGGUCAAAGUAUGCUUAGCUGUUUUUCAGGAGUCAGCCAUUAACCGACACAGGGUGAAUUCAGGUGCAGCAGAUAAAAUGAUCACGUCUCUAAGUGGUGGUUUCCUACUUCUGUUCUUAAACUGAAUACACUGGGGGGAGAAAUGGUAAGAGAACGUACAUUUACGGCAUUUGGUAGACGCCCUUAUCCGGAUCGACUUACAUUUAUCUCAUUUAUACAUCUGAGCAGUCGAGGGUCAAGGGCCUUGCUCAAGGGCCCAGCAAAUUUCCCAUCAAGACGUGAUUUCAUUGCAUAUACCAAACUUACCUAAACAAGUUCUAAGUAAUCGAAUGAAUUAUGUAAGCAUGAGCGAUUCACACUGUAUUAACCGAAACCACGAGACAGUCACGAGACUGUCGGCACUGACCGGAAUGAUAACUAACUGCUGUGGUCGUACAUCGCAGUUGCAGCACACACACUUAUUUCAGGGCUUUGAAAAUACACGAUCGAAUCAUGUCGGAUGUAUGAAAACGA